AUGAGAGUGCUGGGACUAAUGGUAUCCUCCAUCGAAGCGGUGCCAUUUGCCCAGAUUCAUCUACGGCCUCUUCAAUCCAACAUCCUAACUGGCUGGAAGGGUGCCCCAUUAUCACAGAUUCUGUUGCUUCUACCUGCAACAAGGGACUCACUCCUCUGGUGGCUCAACCCGAACAACGUUGCCUUAGGUCAAUCCUUGGAGGCUCCGGAUUGGACAGUAAUGUCGACGGACGCAAGUCUACAGGGUUGGGGUGCAACGUGGAACAACCUGUCCAGGUCUAUGGUCCCCCAGGGAGGCCAAACUACAUAUAAACAUUCUCGAGCUCUGGGCAGUAAGACUAUCCCUCGCCCACUGGUCUCACCUUCUCCGAACAAGGGCAGUUUGAGUACAAAGCAACAAUUCCACCACAGUCGCUUACAUCAACCGGCAAGGGGGAACCCAAAGCAAACUGGCACUAGCAGAGGCCCAACUGAUUCUGACCUGGGCGGAGUACAACUCCGUAAGAAUGUCCGCCAUUCACAUUCCGGGAGUGUCCAACACAAGAGCAGACUUCCUCAGUUGAAACUUCCUAGACCUAGGGGAAUGGGAACUCCACCCGGAAACAUUUACGGAAAUAACCAGUCAUUGGGGCCAACCCCAGAUCGACCUCAUGGCGUCCAGAACCAAUUGCAAAGUUGCAACAUUCUUCUUCCGUUCACGGGAUCCUCUAGCAGCAGGAGUGGAUGCAAUGACUCCGCGUUGGCAGUUCGAUCUAGCCUAUGUCUUUCCACCUCUUCCAAUGCUCCCUCGGGUUUUAAAGAAGAUCAGGCAAUCACUUCGCACGGCAAUCGUGAUAGCCCCCCAUUGGCCCAGAAGGACGUGGUUCUCGGACCUUCAAGAGAUGUCCAUAGCCCAGCCCAUUCGGUUAACGGCCAGAGACGAUCUGCUCCGUCAGGGUCCCAUAGUUCACCACAAUCCGUGACACUUAUUUUUUUUUUUUUACAGGAUGGCCCUCCGCUAUUCCCGCUACAGGGAAUAGCGGAGGAUGUCAUCGCCACCAUGCUAAGGUCACUCAAGUCUACCUCAUCAAAGGCGUACCGUAGAGUUUGGCGCACCUACUGGAAUUGGUGCAGAGAAACACACGCAAACUUAGAGCAUGAAUCCUCUAUCAUGGACUGUAACAUUCCAAGAUUACUAUCCUUCCUACAAAGAGGCCUACAGCUGGGCCUGAAGCUUAGCUCCCUAAAGGUUCAGGUGUCGGCUCUGUCAGUCCUUCUUCAAUCACGUCUAGCCUUGGAGGAACUUAUCCGGACGUUUCUACAGGGAGUACCGCACAUUACUCCUCCGUUUCGUUCUCCAACUGCAGGAUGGGAUCUAAAUAUCAUUUUAGAAGCCUUACUACAUCCUCCCUUUGAGCCCUUAGGUACAAUAUCUGAGGAAUGGCUAACCCGCAAGGUAGUAUUCCUGGUGGCAAUAUCCUCAGCCAGACGAGUCUCGGAAAUUAUUGCAUUAUCCUGCGACCCUUCAUUCCUAGUCUUUCAUCGAGACAAAGCAGUCCUACGCACAGCCAAAGCAUUCCUACCAAAGGUUGUUUCAUCUUUCCAUAUCAACCAAGAAAUUGUGUUUCCUUCACUCUGUCCGGAACCCAAGAACGAUGAGGGACGAAGACUCCACAAUCUAGAUGUGGUGAAAGGGCUUUGAUGGUACCUUGAACGGUCCAAGUCCUACAGACUUUUCGUUAUACCCUCCGGGUCCCGGCGGGGUAUACCAGCUUACAAAACGUCAAUUGCACGAUGGCUGAAGGAAACCAUUAGACAAGCAUACAUUUCCAAGGGAAGAACACUAACUGAGACGAUCCAAGCUCACUCUACGAGAUCAGUGGGAGCUUCCUGGGCAUGGCGCAAUGCAGCCUCCUUGGAUCAGAUCUGCAGAGCAGCUACCUGGUCUACGGUCCAUACUUUUACAAAAUACUAUAGUCUCGACACGUUUUCCUCAGCCGAGGCCUCCUUUGGCCGUAUGGUGUUGCACUCUGUAGUGCAAUGAUGUGUCAAAAUUCUCGCAACCCACCCUGCUGUUCCGGGGCGGCUUUGUUAAAUCCCCACUAGUUCCCUGUGUCCCCCUUGAGACGACAGAAAAAAUCUUAUUUCACUAAAGCCAACUUUAUUACUAAUGUUUAUUUGUAACCAUGUCUCCAUUUAACCCUUG